CGUUCGCUUUUGUCAUGGGAAUGAGCAUUUGAAAUUACCACACCAAUCUGCUGCUGCCAUGAAUAAUACUGAUAUGGAGAACAACCCUAGUCCUUCCCGAGUUGAUAGAAAAUUCAUUGAGAGGGACAGAAGAAACCAAAUGAAGGCUCUCUUCCGCAGACUCAACUCUCUUGUGCCUCAUCAAACAUCAAAGGCGGUUUCACUGCCGGAUCAGGUAGAAGAAGCAACAAACUACAUAAAGAAAUUACAGAUGAAUAUGGAGAAAAUGGAGAAGAAGAAGAACAAGCUACUAGGAAUAGAAAGACCAAAUGUGAGCAUGAAUGGAGGAGGAGAGAGAGUAGGGUUUAAAUCUCCACGGAUUGAGAUCCGACAAAUGGGUUCAGCCGUAGAUGUUGUUCUGAUAACUGGGUUGGAUUCUCAGUUCAUGUUCAGUGAAACCAUUCGUGUUCUUCAUGAAGAAGGAUUAGAUGUUGUUAACGCUAGUUAUAAUGUUAUCCAAGAUGCAGUUUUCCAUUCAAUACACUGUCAUCAGGACGAGAAAUUUGCCAACGGAGCUGCUAGGAUAUCUGAGAGGCUAAAGAAAUCCAUCUACGAGUCUAGCUACUGUGCUUUUUAAAUUUUCAUUAUUAUAUAUUUAGUUUUUCUUCUAUUUCAUUUAUAUAUAGUUUUUUUUAA